AUGGCAAAAUAUGCAUCUACCAGAGAAGACUCGACUAUUUCUGGUCUCAAAGACGCGCAUAUAUCCCCUGCAGGUGUCGUUUCGGGGUUGAUCUCUACCUUUCGUACUAUUGCGGCGCCUGUCCCAAGCUAUGGGUCUAUCCGGGAAGGCGAGCACGAUGACGGAGACACAUUGAGCUCCAAAAAAAACCCCGUAGCCGAGUCGCAGCCUGCGCAACUCCUUGAGACAAUCCAUGAAGACGUCGAACCAGAGACAGCAAACGAGGACAAAGUGCUGCUUGACGCUCGCGGGACAAAGGUUGCCGAUCAUCCUGUAUUGCGCAGGGCGAAGCGUAUCAUCCAAGGCUCUCAGGAGGACGAUCCCGAUUUCUCACCCCUUGGUGAGAUUGAGUAUAUGCGUAGAGUCAAACGGGUCGGAAUAGACAAGUUUCCUCGCGAAUUGUCAGAUAGCCGUCCUGAUGGCAGUAGCCACUCGGGCGUCGACCACACUCGAUUUCAGCCUGAUCUUAAUAACGAUAUGGCUUGUCAAUCUUCACCUGCUACGAACCAACUUGGCGCGGGUGCCGCGGAGGAAAUAUCUCUUGAUGGCAUAUUCGUUGUCUAAAUGGGUUCUAACCGCGGUCGUAUAGAAAUUGUCAACCAGUUUAAAA